ACUGAGAUGUUUCUAUCAUUAGCUUUAUGUAAGCAGUUUCCCUUCCCUGUUUAGAUGAACGGCUGGCUCUUUAACGUUAGAGCUGUGUUCGUCUACAAUAGGUGUCACUGUGCUGUCGGUCCAAUCGCUGUUUGUGACUUCAGCUAUUGGCUCCGAACACUGCUUGUCUGACUCCCGUCUGCAGGGCUCGAACACCUCCUGUGCUCACCAUCCAUUCAACACACAACUUGAGCCAGCUGACAAACAGGCAGCACGUCUUGCUGUCCUACUUGCUUUGCCACAGCCUGGCAGUUUCAGGUGAUUUCGGUCUGCAGCCGUUUAGGGAAAGCUCUCACAAGCAAAUGAAACAGGGAAUCAUGAUGGGGAGACGUUUAACCGAUCAAGUCCUGGAUCAAACUUAAAAAGGAAAUAAUCUUAUUCAGCCUACUGGAAAAGGUCACCUUGCCUUGCUUAAAAAAAAAAGAAGAAGACGCGCACUCUCAGCUUUGCUGCUGUAUUGUUUAGAAACCUUCUGCUGUCUUCUUUCCCUCUCUCUCUUUAGUUAGUUAAGCUAUCUGAUUACUCUGACAAGGAUACUCAUGGUAGAUGACAAGGGAAAGAACAUGAAAUGUCUCACCUUCUUCUUGAUGCUUCCAGAGACAGUUAAGAACCGGUCCAAGAAAAGCUCUAAGAAGGUAAACAGUGGCAGUGGCAGCAGCAGUAGCAGCAGCAGCAGCAGCGGAGGCAAAUUGCCUCCAGUUUGCUAUGAAAUCAUUACCUUGAAGACUAAAAAGAAGAAGAAGAUGGCUGCUGAUAUUUUCCCCCGAAAGAAGCCAGCUAACAGUAACGCAACUGCCGUCCAACAGUACCACCAGCAAAAUAUCAACAACAACAACAUUAUCCCAGCUCCCAACUGGCAGGGGCUGUACCCCACCAUCCGAGAAAGAAAUGCGGUGAUGUUCAACAAUGACUUGAUGGCAGAUGUUCAUUUUGUGGUUGGGCCACCAGGUGGGACCCAGCGAUUGCCAGGACACAAAUAUGUUUUAGCCGUUGGAAGCUCGGUAUUCCAUGCAAUGUUUUACGGAGAGCUUGCUGAGGACAAAGAUGAAAUCCGUAUACCAGAUGUGGAGCCUGCUGCUUUCCUCGCUAUGCUAAAAUACAUCUACUGUGAUGAAAUUGACUUGGCUGCUGAUACUGUUCUGGCGACUCUUUAUGCUGCCAAGAAGUACAUAGUUCCUCAUCUUGCCCGAGCCUGUGUCAACUUCCUGGAGACGAGCCUGAGUGCGAAAAACGCUUGUGUGCUUCUCUCUCAGAGCUGCCUGUUUGAGGAGCCUGACCUGACAGAGCGCUGUUGGGAAGUGAUUGAUGCCCAGGCCGAGCUGGCUUUGAAAUCCGAAGGUUUCUGUGACAUUGAUUUUCAGACGCUGGAAAGCAUUCUCCAGAGGGAGACCCUUAAUGCCAAAGAAAUUGUGGUUUUUGAAGCUGCUCUGAGUUGGGCUGAAGUGGAGUGUCAGAGGCAAGAAUUACCUGCCACGAUCGAAAACAAGCGCAAAGUCCUGGGGAAGGCUCUCUAUCUCAUUCGCAUCCCUACGAUGGCACUUGAUGACUUCGCCAACGGCGCUGCCCAGUCUGGGAUCCUCACCCUCAACGAAACAAAUGAUAUCUUCCUUUGGUACACGGCCGCUAAAAAACCAGAGCUUCAGUUUGUGAGCAGCACCCGGAAAGGCCUCGUCCCACAACGCUGCCAUCGCUUUCAGUCCUGUGCCUACCGCAGCAACCAGUGGCGUUACAGGGGGCGCUGCGAUAGCAUCCAGUUUGCUGUCGAUAAGAGAGUUUUUAUUGCCGGUUUUGGGCUUUAUGGCUCCAGCUGUGGAUCAGCAGAAUACAGCGCAAAAAUUGAACUCAAGCGGCAAGGCGUUAUCCUCGGGCAGAACUUGAGCAAGUAUUUCUCAGAUGGAUCAAGCAACACUUUCCCAGUGUGGUUUGAAUACCCAGUGCAGAUUGAGCCAGAUACCUUUUACACAGCUAGUGUAAUUCUGGAUGGUAAUGAACUCAGCUAUUUUGGACAGGAAGGGAUGACAGAAGUUCAGUGUGGCAAAGUAACUGUCCAGUUUCAGUGCUCUUCAGACAGUACCAAUGGCACUGGGGUUCAAGGGGGGCAGAUUCCAGAACUUAUCUUUUAUGCCUGAAAGAAAGUGGGUUCCAGAACAAAAAUGAGUCCAAUGCUUUGAUGCAUAUGCCUGGUUCAGACCUAUUUGAUGCUUAGCCUGUUUUCUGCAGAUGUGUAACCAGUACAGGUAAUAUGUCCCUAAAGGCAUUGAACAGUUUAACCCGUGCUGUACUUUUAGCGCCUAAAGGUAAUAGUCUUUUUUAACUGGAAACUCCCAAGGAGCUAACUAGCAAAUUAAGGGCCAGAGUUUAUCAGCCGUACCCCAGAUGGGAUGGUACAGCUAGUGAAAAAAGAAUGAAUCGAUGCCCUGCCUCCAUGCUAUGUUAUGAGGGGGCACUUUCGUUUUUAUUGCUCUCUAAUUUGCUACAUUUUCCUGUAUUUUUUAAAUUUAUGUUUUCUGCCUCCUUCGUAUUGAAGGCUUUUCAAGGACAAAGACAGUGCCGGUCCUCUGCCACUUGGGUCCCUUUCCCCCUUUGGAAUGCUGCUGACUUGGAGCAUUUAUAUUUAGAGAUGGGAUGUUUGGAUUUUCUGGACUACAAAUACCAUAAUUCUCCAUUCUGGGAGCUUUCCCUGUCUUUCAGGCACUAAUCAAAUGCUUGAAUGUGAGGUGUCUGGGAGAAGGCUUUAAGGCUUAGCUAGCCCAAGGUCCUCCCAAGUUCCCUUUUACUGCCCUACUGCUAGCUGGGAGAUUUCUUUCUGAUUAGGAAGCUCGGGCAGAGGUUAGCCUAGCUGAGCUUCAAAGCCAAUUAAUUCAGACAUUUCUCCCAGGUGCCUCACAUUCAGGUAUUUAUAAGAUGUGUUUAAGGUAGAUAGGACUCUCAAAAUGGAGGAUUAUGGUGUUUGUAGUUCAGUAAAUCCUACCCCUAAUGAUACUGUACAAGGUUGGGUGAGGGAAUGUUUACCAGGAGGACCAGUUCUCAUCACUGGCUCCUUCUGCACAUGCUGUCCUGAUGUUGGGAAGAUCUGUUAAUUGAAAUGACCUAUUUCUUAUAUAAAUGAAGGAAGAGGUGAAAGGUCAAAUAUCUCAAGCUGGGGUUAGCACUUGGCUGCCCUGUAAAUAUGGCCCUUUAAUAAGCUGUACUGGGGAAUGACUAUGAAAGGUAUGCCAGUUCAAGAAGCAAUGUGGUUUAUGCACAGCUGAUCCUUGCUUCAAUGCUGUCCUCCAAAAUUCCUUGCCAGGCGCACAGUAUUAUGUCUGAACAUACUGGGCUAAGUCUUAUGUUAGUGUCAACUAAAAUAGGCUCAUUUGAAUUGAAUGGGACUUACUAGUCAUCAGUUGUGUAAGUUCUGGUGCAUCUACUUUAGUUGGGAUUGACAGUGGAUACAAUUCAGUGACAGCCAUACAUCUCUACUUGCCUAGCACUAAUGCAUUUAAAUGAAUGGUGUUUACCCCACAUCAGUGCCUCCGUGAAAGAAGCUAUUUCACUUUUUUAAAAGAGCAUUUCCCCCACUUAAUCAAGCUGUGCAGGCAUUAUUCUGGUUGCCUUUUAUGGGUUUGGUCCCAUAAAGUCAGACAAUCUAUAGCAGAAAGCUGAUAGUUGAUUUUCUGUGGUCUCUUUUCCUAACAGUAGUUUGGGCAUUCUUUAGUAGGAGAUUUAUUUUUCCCAUCUAAGUAAGAUACAGACAUGUUUGGAGGAUUAUAUUGCUAUAAAAUGCGAUAGAAUGUACUUGUUCUGUUGUGACAUUUUCUUUUCCCUUUAAUUCAAGUUUCAAUACCAGUGCUGCCAAAAUUAAAUUAAGCAAUUGGUCAAUUAAAUGGGUAACACAAGUAAGUUCCAAAGCCCUCUCUAUUUUUGGUAAAUGCGUUGGCUGAGUGUUAUAAUGCAGUUGUGCUUAUAAUGUCUAUAUUCACCCAAAUUUGUUUAAUAGAUGAUCCAAGUUUUUAAGCUUUAAAAACUUUCCCAAUUAUUGUGUAUCUGUGGGAAUCGGAUAGUAAGAUGGCUAGUAUGAAUGCUGCUUGUAGAUUUCUCUUCAGCUAUUGGAGAUUGCUUUUUAGCACUGCUGUAAACUGAGAACUGCUUUGCUUUGGGUACCAUUAAAUACUGCACAGCCUAGAAUGCCUAUUAAGAUGACUUUCUGGAUUAGCUAUAUUUACCUAUUUGUAAACUUCUGUUUAUAGAUAGCGGGUUUUUUAAAUAGUGAAAUCAGUAUCUACCAGUACUGCCUGAAAAAAUAUGGACAUUUGUGACUUAU